CUGACCAGCCGGUCUGUGUCUCCGUCUUCCCAGAAAUGGCAUCGGAUGUUCCUUCUUUGGGAGCAACGUCUGGAACGUCAGGACCAGGUGCACAUCCAGGAGGAAACCUUGCCCAGAGAAACAGCAAGCGGAGGACGGGGCUCGAUUUUGAGGACGAUGGCGAAGGGAGCAGCAAGUUUCUCAGGUGUGAUGAUGACCAGCUCCCCACGGACAAAGAGCGGUUUGCUAGGUCUGAUGACGAACAGAGCUCAGCGGAUAAGGAAAGAUUGGCCAGGGAGAACCACAGCGAGAUCGAGCGCCGGCGCCGGAACAAGAUGACCGCUUACAUCACGGAGCUCUCCGACAUGGUGCCCACCUGCAGCGCCCUGGCCCGCAAGCCGGACAAGCUCACCAUCCUGCGCAUGGCCGUCUCCCACAUGAAGUCUCUCCGGGGCACCGGGAACACCUCCACGGACGGCACCUACAAGCCUUCCUUCCUCACCGACCAGGAGCUCAAACACUUGAUCUUGGAGGCAGCAGACGGGUUCCUCUUCAUCGUCUCCUGCGAGACGGGCCGGGUGGUCUACAUCUCCGACUCGGUGACGCCCGUCCUGAACCAGCCCCAGUCGGAGUGGUUCGGAAGCACCCUCUACGAUCAGGUGCACCCCGACGACGUGGAGAAGCUGCGGGAACAGUUGUCCACCUCAGAGAACGCGCUGACCGGCCGGGUCCUCGAUCUGAAGACAGGAACGGUCAAGAAGGAGGGACAGCAGUCCAUGAGGAUGUGCAUGGGGUCCCGCAGGUCUUUCAUCUGUCGGAUGAGAUGCGGGAAUGCAGCAGUUGAUCCCGUCUCCAUGAACCGCCUCAGCUUCAUGCGGAAUAGGUGCAGAAAUGGGUUGGGUGCUGUCAAGGAGGGUGAGCCCCAUUUUGUGGUCGUCCACUGCACAGGCUACAUCAAAGCUUGGCCACCAGCAGGAGUUUCACUGCCUGAUGAUGACCCGGAUGCUGGACAGGGAAGCAAAUUUUGCCUGGUCGCCAUCGGCAGGUUGCAGGUCACGAGCUCACCCAGCUGUGCAGACACAAGCACGGUAUGCCAGCCAACCGAGUUCAUCUCCCGGCACAACACGGAAGGACUCUUCACCUUCGUGGACCACCGCUGCAUGGCCACAGUUGGCUACAAGCCCCAGGAACUCCUGGGGAAGGACAUUGUCGACUUCUGCCACCCGGAAGAUCAGCAGCUUUUGAGAGACAGCUUCCAGCAGGUGGUGAAAUUAAAAGGCCAGGUGCUCUCUGUCAUGUUCCGUUUCCGGUCCAAGAACCGGGAAUGGCUCUGGAUGCGGACUAGCUCCUUCACCUUCCAGAACCCAUACUCGGACGAGAUCGAGUACAUCAUCUGCACCAACACCAACGUGAAGAAUGCCAGCCAGGAGGCCCGCCCUGCAGGGCCGAGCCCAAUGCAGAGGCCCCAGCUGGGCCCCAACGUCAGCCUGCCUUUGGAGAUGGCCACGGGGCACCUGCCAGCCAGGCAACAGCCAGCGCAGCCGGCAGAGCUCGACGUGGUCCCUGGAAGAGAAAGUUUGGCCAGUUACGAACACCCGCAGGCUGCCCUUCAGGCCGUGAGCGCCCCUGGUCCAGAGCACAACAAGCCUGUGGAGAAGACCGAGUCCCUGUUUGGUCAGGAGCGGGACCCUCGCUUCAGCGAAAUCUACAACAGCAUCAGCCCAGACCAGACAAAGCCCAUUUCGGCCAGCUCGGUGCCCACCAGCCAGUCACUCUUCUCUCCAGGGAAUAGCUUUGUGGCUUCACGCCCGGCCGAGAGCUUCCGGAGCAGCACCCUGGCGCCCCCCGUGAACGUCCUCCAGCCUGGCCAGGCCCACUCAACCGGAGCCGGACCCGUCCUGGCGCACCUCUCUCGCCAUGCCAGCCCCAGUCAGGUCUCUGGAACCGCCUGGACUUCGGGAUCGCGCCCACCUUUCACGGCCCAACCGGCAGCUUCCCAGCCCGUGAAGACUCGGCCGUCCUCUUUCGCCAUGGGCAGCUUCCAGGCCACGCCGUCCUCCUUCAGCCCCAUGCCAAAUCCUGGUUCUGCGGCCUCGCCAGCCGGGGCUCCCUACUCAAACCUUGCUGGCCGGAACGCCCCUUUCGCUGCUGGAGAGAGCGGGCAGAGUCCGGCCCCCUUCCAGGCACGCACAGCAGAAGGCGUGGGCGUUUGGCCCCAGUGGCAGAGCUCAGGCGAGUCCCACAUCCAGCAGCAGUCUAGCCAGCCGGAGGUCUUCCCGGAUAUGCUAUCGAUGCUGGGGGAACAGGGAACCAGCUACAGCAACGAAGAGUUUCCCGAACUGAACAUGUUUCCUCCCUUUUCGGAGUAAGAGAGAAAAGCCGCUGGCCGCGACAGGGCAGCGUUCCACAUAGCGACGUGGAGAGAGCCGCGGGGUUUCUUCUUCGUCCAUUCUUCUGACCCUUUUCAAAGCGUGCCCAAGUCUUCCCGUUGUGGGGGAACGGAAGCGUCCGGGGGUGUCGUAAACAGA